UUACAACCCGGAAGUGUUGCCUUUCUCUGAUUAACGUUUGAAUAGACAAGAAUGAGCAAUUUGUGUGUUGAAGGAGCGAUUAAAGGCGCUGCUGCGAACACCGUGCAGCCUCCAGCAGUCACGGUAGUGUGCUAAUCUCCGGCCCCGGAGCCAGAGGCGGUCGACUGGGAGCAGCAACGCCCUGAUGCCCGCCGCCACCCCGACGGAGAAAAACAUCUUCGCUGUGUUUACAAGUCGGCUGGGAGUGAUUGUUUCCCCGCAGUGUGUCGUUAGCUAAUCGUGCAGCGGUUGUGUGUGUUUUUCAGACGAAGAAAUAACAUGGCUGAACUGCAUGUUGUGGAGCCGAGCGGCACUGGCACCAUAGAGCAGCCCGAGCACCGCGACGUCCGCGGCUCCGUGCGCCUGGCGUCGCCCACUCUCAUGGUGCCGCCGCGGAGCAGCCAGCUCAGCCCCGGCGGGGUGUCGAGUGGCAGCGGCGGCGGCGCGCGCUCGGUGUUCGGGUUCCCGGUGAAGAGCAACCCGAGCUCCCCGUCCGAACCGGGGGACAAGCCGGGCUCACGCUGGGUCCGUCUGAACGUCGGCGGGACCUACUUCAUCACGACCAAACAGACGCUGUGUCGGGACCCGAAGUCGUUCCUGUUCCGACUGUGUCAAGAAGACCCGGACCUGGACUCCGACAAAGACGAGACAGGAGCCUACCUGAUCGACAGGGACCCCACAUACUUCGGCCCCAUCCUGAACUACCUUCGGCACGGAAAACUCAUCAUGGAUAAAAACCUGGCAGAGGAAGGCGUUCUCGAGGAAGCUGAGUUCUACAACAUCGCGUCUCUGGUGAGGCUGGUGAAGGAGAGGAUACGGGACAACGAGAACCGAACAUCUCAGGGUCCUGUGAAGCACGUGUAUCGAGUACUACAGUGCCAAGAGGAGGAACUCACACAGAUGGUCUCAACCAUGUCGGAUGGUUGGAAGUUUGAGCAGCUUAUCAGUAUCGGCUCCUCUUAUAACUAUGGCAAUGAGGACCAGGCAGAGUUUCUAUGUGUAGUUUCCCGGGAACUCAACAACUCCACCAACGGCAUCGUCAUCGAGCCCACUGAGAAGGCCAAGAUCCUUCAGGAGCGAGGCUCGCGGAUGUGAAGAGACCCAGAUCCUGAGCUAAAUAACACUUUAUCAACAAAAACAAAACAAUAACAUGAACAUUUUUCCAGUUUUCAUCAAGAUCCAUGAGUUUCCCCCCCCCCCCCCCGCCUUUCUACCAUCACCGCCUUCAUCAUUGCCAUCAACCUCCCGUCCCUCCUCCUCUGGUGUGCCUUUCCACAGCGGGGGCUACCUGACGCCCUCCUCUCCUCCAGUGCUGCAACACGACCCCGGCUUGUCUCCUCCUCCUCCUCCUCCUCCUCCUCUUCCUCCUUCAUCGCCGGCUGUGGAACACCUCAGUUUAAAAGGGAUUACAAGUGAGUGGUUUUUCCUCAUAGCAGCUUUUUUUUUUGAUGGUCAGUGUCGCUGCGGUGCUGAUUGUAGCCCCUGGUUACUGUCAGUGGACGGACGCUCAACACAGAGCUACUUUAAAUCAUCAUCUUCAUCGUUCUCAUCAUCACCACUAUCAGCAGACGGGAAUACUUCGUCUCUCUUGUACAUGUGGCUCUGUCGAUUUAGCAGAAAUCUCCUCAGGACUCUCAAAGGACAUAAAGGAACACACCUCCACUGACUGAGCCUCUUUACCUGAAUCUGUUCACGAAGCGAACGCCCGCCGCCUCCUUCCUCCGCAGACUUCCUCUGGACUUCAUCGGGUGGUGUCUGUGGCGACACAGCAAACUGAGAGUGGAGGCUGAGGCGGAGCAGUUGCAUGACGCAGAGUCCGAUGGCUCUGUUUGAGCCACGCUGGUGCAGCGUUUCCUCCGCUCUCUCUCUUGAGUCUUCAGAAACACCUGAACAGAGUGACACACUGUCAUCUCACAGGCGUCCUGUCUUGGGUCGGCACUGCUGGAACAUCAUGGCAUCCUCCUGUUUCCUGUUCCGGGGCUCCAUUUGGUCUGAGAAAAAUUUAAGGCAAAAGAAAACAAACAGAUGACUCAAAGAAAACAAAACACAAAGACUACACCUGUGUACAAUUUGUCAAGGCAUGUGAGGAAUCUAUAUAAAUCUAUAUAGGCUACAUGAUGAAAUUAUAUGAAAUGCAAAUGGUGUAAUUACUGAUUUCUGUAUCAUAGUUGUCAUAUAUUUACAUAUUCUUGGUGGGUGAGUAUUUAAAUGAUGGAGAAAA